UCCCAUUUCAAGCACGCAAAUAUAUACCUACGUAUGUUUCAAGAUACAUAAUUUUUUUUUAUAUAUAAAAAAAGAAAACUUUUUCUGCUCAACUUAAUUAAAUUCCCAUCCAAAAAUGUACCCUCAGUUCCCGCCCUUCCUCUCAUGCGUAAUCCCAAGGCCAAGAAAGAAAGAAAGAAAGAAAGAAAAAAAAAAAAAAGAACAAAAAAAAUCUUCGCCAUUUGAUUACAAUUUCAUUAUAACCAUUACAUGAUCAUUUUUCUUUUCAGGAUCCAUCGUCGAUCAUCAAUCAUCGUUAUCAAUGAUCGUCAUGAAAAAAAAAAAAAAAAGAAAAGAAAAAAAAGAAGAGUAAGUAAAAAAAAGAAUAAAAAUUAGAAGAACAAAAAUAUUCCACUGAACGCGAUGGACGUCAUUUUUGAAGGUGGAAGGGCCGAUGGAAGGGCCAGUGGAAGGUCUCUUACCCCGUCUUCUCAUGCCUCCUAUCGGCAAAGGAUAAAGAAAAAAAGGAAAAAAAGAAAAGUUUCUGAUCUCUCGUAGAACUUUCUAAAUCUGGAUGCAUAUUAUUGCACAUUAUCAAGAUUUAAAAGCGAUGCACACCGCGGCAUCGAAUGCCUACAGUUCUGGUAUGACUUUGCAACGUUUAUACUACAGGAUCUAACUAAGUGAGUGAGUGAGUGAGUGAGUGAGUGAGUGAGCGAGCGAACGAACGAACGAACGAACGAACGAGAUUUCGCUUAUGUUCGAGAGACAAAAGUAAACUGCGACCGAAGAAAACGAUAAGAAGGGGACGAAAGCGCAUGCGCUUAGGGAGAAGGGAUGAAGUAAUAUGCGAUGUAAAGAAAGGGUAUAAGAUAAUGAUAUAAUUAUUGGAAAGGGAUGCAGGUGUUUAAUCGCGUAUAAUUUGUCCGAUAAAAUGGGGAGAAAUGUAUAAUACUCGAUAAAUGUGUUCCCAUAGGCGAACUGAAGGGGUUGAAGUCAAUCGAUGAACCGGAGUCACUUUAGACGACAGUAUGUCUUCGAAAGGUGAAGACUAUCUCGACAACGAAUACUAUACUUACAAUCGACGAUUAUUUCGAUUGAUUGGAUUAUGGGAAAAUAAGAGAUCAUUGAAGAAAUUCAUUUACAUUUGUUUCCUCAAUUUUAUAAUAAUCAUUUCGAUAUUCGAACAGAUUUAUGGGAUUUUCUUGUUAAAUGGAGAAUUAAAUUCAAUUGCUAAAUUAUUGGAAACGACCUUGAUUACAUUGUGUUUCGGAUCAUGCUACUACAAUUUAUUAUCGAAUAGCGUUAUUAUGAAGAAAAUUCUUCGUCGUAUAGAUUGCGAUUGGAUGGAACUUGCGAAUAAACAGGAAUUAAUAAUAUUAAAAGAGUAUGCUAAUAUUAGUAGAAUCUGUACCAUUGGAAACAUAAUCUCCUUAUACAUGUAUACGGGAUUUUUGAUAUUUCCAUCAUUUCAUAGUUUCAUACAGUACAUCUUUGGUGUAAUAAGAUACAAUGAAUUAAUUUUACCCGUUCAUUUUGAACAUUUUACAAAAAAUCGUAUAGGUUAUUAUCUUGGUCUUUGCACUCAAUGGUCAUCUAUAACCUUCUUAUGUACUGUAGCCAUUGCUAACUAUACCAUGUUUAUUGCAGUAAUAUUGCAUGCUUGUGCAUUAUUUAAUGUCGUUGUAUGGAAGAUAAAUGAUAGAUUCAAAGAUAAUCGAAAUAAUUUUUAUGGCAAUAAUGAGAAUGAUAAAUUAUUAGAUGAGAAUGAAUGGAUCGUCGAUAUCAUAAAAUUCUACAAAUCCGUUAUAGAAUUGGUCGAUUUAAUAAAAUUAUUUUACGAAGCAAUUAAUAUAUUCGAAGGAUUUUUCGCAAUGCUAAUAACGAUGAUAGAUUACUUUUACUUAUUUCAAUUACUUUCUUCUGACGUAAACAAGACCGAUGGUUUGACAAAAUUAUUAUACGUCAUUGGAUCUAUGUCCGUAAUUUUUGUUUACUUUCAUCUUGGACAACAAUUAAUAGAUCACAACAAUUACGUAUUUGUAACACUUUGUCAAAUUCCAUUUUAUUCGUUAUCAUUGAAGACACAAAAAUUAAUACUAUUUUUGAUAAUGAGGAGCAUGAUGGUAUGCAAUUUAUCAUGGAAGGGUACAAUAGUAUUCUCUCACAAUCUAUUUACAGUGGUGAUUGAUUUUCUUCAGUCAGAUAUAUGGCUCUUGUUCAGUUGACAAAUGAUACGAAUAUAACACUGACAAGUUAAAGAAUUAUUUGGACAUUUGUUUCCUGAGAUACAUGACAGAUCCGUCAUGUUCGAGAGACAAAAGUGAACUGCGAUAGAAGAUGACGAUA